AUGGCGUCCCUUGUUAUUCCUUCUUCUGGAAACCAUGAUCAAAUUGGCUUGGAGAAGGAUCAAAUUACUAUGGUUAUGGUUCCUUUUCCAGCUCAUGGACACUUCAAUCAAUUCCUUCAUCUCUCUCGCCUCGUUUCUUCAUACCAUAUUCCAAUUCAUUAUGUUGGUUUUAGUACAGAAAUUAGCCGAGUUAAGGCUCGAAUACAUGGUUGGGAUUUAGCCACUGCUAUUAACUAUAUCCAUUUCCAAGAAUUCCCAACCCCAUCUUCUUUUAUGGCGCCGACUCCUUCUAAUUGUUCAAAUAAUUCUUCUGAAACCAUCUCGAAACUCAUAUCAUCAGUACUGGAUGCAUCUUUAACAUUGCGCGAGCCUGUGAGUGCAUUUAUAAAGAAGCUUUCCAGCACAAGUCGAAGAGUUGUUAUCAUUUAUGAUUCUAUGAUGGCUUCCACUGUUCAAGACGUAGUAUCAAUAAAAAAUGCUGAAGCCUAUUGUUUUCAUGCUAUUUCUGCCUUUGCCACUAGCUCUCUCUUAUUGGAUAUCAUCAAAUACUAUCUCCAUCUUCCUUCAUUCCUUGCGAAAUUGGCCAAGAAACUUUUUCUCCCAUCUGGUGUUCACAUUCCAGAUGGACUUCCAACUCUCAGAAGUACUUUCACACCUGAGUUUAUUGAAUUUAUGCGAUUACAACGUAGUUGUAACAAAUUCAGCUCUGGGAACUUAUAUGAUACUUGCAAAGUUCUCGAGGGUCCUUAUCUUGAAAUACUAGCAAAAUUCAGUAGGUUGCUCGGAAUUGGUAAACAAUGGGCUGUUGGUCCUUUCAAUCCGGUGACUAUAUCAGCGGGAAAGGACUCAAAAGUUCGUCACAAAUGCUUAGAGUGGCUGGACAAGCAAGCCCAAAAUUCAGUGAUUCUUGUUUCUUUUGGAACAACAGGCUACUUAUGUAUGGAGCAAAUCAAAGAACUUGCUAUAGGAUUGGAAAAAAGUCAGCAGAAGUUUAUUUGGAUAGUUAGAGAUAUAUUAUCAGGAGGAGAAGGGGAAGUCAUAAUCCCCGAAGGAUAUGAAGAGAGAGUAAAAGAAAGAGGAAUUAUCGUAAAAGAUUGGGCACCCCAAUUAGAAAUCUUGGCACAUUCAUCAACUGGCGGAUUUAUGAGUCACUGUGGGUGGAAUUCAUGCAUGGAAAGUAUUACCAUGGGAGUGCCUAUAGCGACAUGGCCUAUGCGUUUUGACCAGCCCAGAAAUGCUGUGUUUGUUACAAAUGUGCUUAAAAUUGGAGUCGUCGUGAAGCAUUGGGAUCGAUGUGAUGAUAUGAUUGUUUCAAGUACAAUAAAAAACGCUGUUGAGAAUUUGAUGGCUUCUACAGAAGGACAUGAGAUGAGAAUGCGUGCCAUGGAAUUAGGUAAACAAGUCAAAGAAUCAGUGAAAGAUGGUGGAGAUCAUCAAAUGGAGAUGGAUUCCUUCAUUGCUCAUGUCACUAGAUAUUAA